GUUUACGGAAGUGAUUCAAACGCGGAAACAACACGUCAGAAAUGGCCACAGGGGCAGACCAAGCAGUUGGCAUGGGCCUUGUUGGCUUCAGCCUCCUGUUGUUUACAUACUACACAAUAUGGGUAAUCAUUCUGCCAUUCGUGGACAGCGAUCAUGUGGCCCACCAGUAUUUUCUUCAACGGGAGUAUUCUGUCAUUCUACCUGGGAUCGCAGCAUUGAUACUGCUGCUCAGUGUAGGUACCUUCAUUGGAGUGGUCACCUGGAAGAAUCGCAAGCCUAAGAAGGUGGACUAAGAGGGAUGGUGUCACAGAGGUUAGGCGGUUGAGGAUGUAGAGCUAGAACUGAAGCUACUGUAGCUUCCAUAGAACCUCCCUGGUUCCAACAUCUUUCCAACAGUCCAGCUGAAGAAACUAAAAAUAAAGUCUGGACUGCUUCUUUGUGACAGCUGAUGAAAACAUCUAAUGACUGAAUGACAUAAGAUAAGAUUUGAAGAGCUGCUGUCCACAACCUUCUAUCCCUUAUCUCCAUUCAGACCCACUAUGUGAAAUCCACAACCUUGCUGUUGGUAAUGCAUGGCUCCGGAUGCUAUAUUUGUCCUCAAGGUGCAUUGGCAUUUUGCCAGAGAUUAAAAUCAAUGAGUCGGUAUUCACUGUUACUGUAUGUGGUCAGAACUAGAUAAAACCUGGCUUCAUAAUGUGGAGGGGAUACAAAUUUGCUGAUUUUGUAGAGUGUACUAUAUCAGAUCUGAUCAAAGUUUCACUUUGGCAUCCCUUUUCAUCACAUCUUGGAUGUAGUUUUCAGGCACUGUUUUACAUCUCAAUCCCAAUUUAAGAUAAAUUGGAGUGGUCACCCUUAAAGACAGUGUUGUGUUCGAGACCACUGAGACCGAUCCAGGACCGGGGGGGGACAAGGGGUCCAAGACUGAGACCAGAAGAAUGCGAGUCCAAUUCAAGACCAUGAUUGUAAUUUUGUCAAAUAAUCAUAAUCUGGUGUGUGGAACUGUGUGUGUUUGGAUUUUCACUCAAAAUCACAUUUUGUAUAUAUAAAUAAAUUGAUGGUCUAUGUCC